UUGUUUUUAUUCUACGUUUUCUAUUUCCAUUUCAGUUUACCCUUUUUUAAAAGAUAUAUUGUUCUUCUCUUUCGGUUGUGGUUCUCACGCUCUUAUGAUAAUUAAUUGAACAAUGGAAUUACAAUGUUUGUCCCAGCGCCGGCACUGACCACAAUUGUCAUUAGCAUUGAAGCACAUUGUCGAAGAGAAACACUGCAGGCAUAUGCGUCUAUGAACAUAUGUUCGAGAAAAGUGACGAACAGAUCCAUUAAAAAGGUUAAACAUCAAAUUCUUGUGGUUUGUUCGUCAGCGUUAAUCUUAAGCUAAGAACGCUUCUCCUUAUUGCUUUCAGUUUGAGAUAAGACAGAUAUUAUUGGAGAUGAAUUUCACAGAAUCGAUGAACGUUGUGCACAGCAGAAUCCAACAACUUGAACCUGAAAAUGCAUCAAAAAUCAUCGGUUAUCUCUUGAUGCAAGACCAUGGGGACCUUGACAUGAUCCGUCUCGCCUUCUGUCCAGAUUCUGUGAUGCAUUCCAUGAUCAACUGCGUGAAAUACGAAUUAGCUAAAGAUCCUCGUUACAACAGCCCUCCUUCUGAUCACGUUCCUACUCUUAGUUUCGGAUCAUUCACUGGUUCAUCUAUCCAGCCUCCCUCAGUUUCGGUUUCACCAACUUUGAGAACCGGUUAUUGGGAGAACUCAACCGAGAUUGAUUCGUUGCAUAACAUUGUUCAGUUCUUAAACUUUGAGGAUUCUAUGACGAGCCCUGAGUUCUUCUCUCGAGAUCAUCAAUGCUUGCCUUUAAGAACGAGUAGGAGAUCACCGAGUUUACCCGAGUUUCCAGUAAAAAUAUGUCAUUACUUCAACAAAGGGUUCUGCAAACAUGGCAAUAACUGCCGGUACUACCACGGGCAGAUCAUACCGGAGAGGGAGGGUUUCUCUCAGAUGUUUAAUCCAAACAACUUAAGUGAUGAAGAGCAUGUUGUUUCUCCCGGAUCACUUGAGAAACUAGAAGGAGAGAUCAUUGAGCUGCUCAAAUCGAGAAGAGGUGCUCCAAUUUCCAUUGCUUCAUUGCCAAUGAUGUACUAUGAAAAAUACGCUAGGACCCUUCAAGCUGAAGGAUAUCUCACGGAGUCACAAAGACAUGGCAAAGCUGGCUAUAGCCUCACAAAGCUUCUUGCUCGCUUGAACAACACCAUCAGCCUCAUCGACAGGCCUCAUGGCCAGCAUUCGGUCAUAUUAGCAGAAGAUGUAUCGAAGUUUGUGGAAUGCAUGGGAGAGAGAAACGAACAUGGAGCCAUCCUUGCUGGUUCCAGGCAGAUUUACUUGACCUUUCCCGCCGAGAGUAGUUUCACUGAACAUGAUGUCUCAAACUACUUCUCCAAAUUCGGACAUGUUGAAGAUGUGAGGAUUCCUUGUCAGCAGAAGAGAAUGUUUGGAUUUGUAACAUUUGUUUACACAGAAAGCGUCAAACUCGUUCUUGCUAAAGGCAAUCCUCAUUUCAUAUGUGGGGCUCGUGUUCUCGUCAAGCCUUAUCGGGAAAAAUCACGCUCUAGUCGAUACCUUGACAACAACAAGCCUCUUCACAGGAUGCGGUAUGGCUCUAAAUACAUUGACAGAGACUUGGAGAUGAACACAUUGCCACCACGAGUUAGCGAGAGCUCAAGACUAAUGAGGAAGCAGUUUCUUGAGGAACAUGAGCAAUCAGUUUCGAAGUCUUUACCUACCAAUUACUCUUAUCUUGGCUUCUCUGAUGACUUCAAGCCAACAUCAGAUGCGGAGCAAGAGGAACAAGUAGGACGGUUGAGCUAUCUGCUGGACUAUUUGAACACUGAAGAAAAUGUGAUGAACAUAACCACAACCUACAUAGACACUGAUCGGAGAAUCCAUUGUGAUCCUUUGGACAACCAAGUCUUGAACCUACCAGAGAGUCCUUUUUCUUCCCUUUCUGGGAAGGAGAUUUCGACAGUUACCUAGAUGAAGAGAUUAAUAUCUAACCAAAAGGGAGAAGAAGAUAGAAAACAUAAAGGACCGUAUACCUAUUGCUAAUCUUUUAAAGGUUCAAGCAAUUGACAUUCAUCAAUCACAAGUGAUGAGAGUCUCAUCUUUACAUGUUGUAAAUCUGACCGAGAAGACAUGCUCUUGCUGUAGAUUUGAUUUGGAGAAGCUACCAUGUGCUCAUCCUAUAGCUGCUGCGGAAGCAAGAAAGAUAUCAUGUAUAUCACUUUGUCCCCAUUACAAUAGGAAGCAGUACCUUUACAACACAUAUUUCAAUGAUGUUAUGCUCAAAGAUGAUAUUGUUCCAAUUCCAAAUGAAGUUACAAAUAAAAUAUGUUUGCCACUUGAUGUCUGCCAACUACCUGGAAGACCAAAAAAAUCAAGACAAAUCUAUUUUGGAGAAACUUGCAGAGAAGAAGCGACCAAGGAAGGAACACACAUGUAGAUUUUGUGACCAGACGAGACAUAAUUCUAAAACAUGCCCUUUUAAGUGAUGAGUAUUUGAUUUAGUUUCAUGCUCUACUCAUUAGAUUUUGGUAGUAUUUACCUUUACACUUUCGUCAUUUGUCUUUGGCGUUACAUUACAUUUCAAUUACUUUCAUGCUUUGGUCAACUGUCUUUGGUGUUACAUUGAAUUUC